UUCAUUGACGUGUCAUUGAGUUACAAAUGGCGGCUACCGAUGAGCCUGUUUCUUUAGUAGAGAAAAACAUCGAAAAAUUAAAUAUUUCGGAAAGUGAUUCGAACAAAAAUGAAGAUGACAUCAAAACUGGAGAGAUUUAUGAACCACAUUUAUGGGGUUUCGAAACACGAGAGCUCUACAAAAUUGCACUCAAUUUCUAUAAAGAGAAAGAAGGAAAAGCUGUUCACCUUUCAUACGAGGAUAAAUUAAAAUUGGUUGCAUUUACGCAACAAGUAAUGCAUGGAAAAUGUACCGCUGAAAAUGCACCACCAUUAGGAGUUUUAGAUGUUAUUGGUAGAGAUAGACGUUUGGCAUGGCAAAAUUUAGGAGAUAUAUCUAAGGAACAAGCAAUGGAAGGAUUUAUAGUUUUAUUAGAUAAAUUGUGUCCUUUAUUUAAAACAGUAGUAGAAGCACAAAAGAGAGAUAUCGAAGAGAAAAAGCGUUUAAAGCAAGAGGAAGAAAUCAAACGGAUAGAGGAAGAAAAAAGAUUGGCAGAAUUGGCAGAAGAAAAAAAGAAAGAAGAAGAGGAAAGAUUAAAAUUGGAAUCGCAGAAAAGACAAAUACAAGAUGCACUUAAUCAACAAACAUAUUAUCAAUUUAAAGUUUAUGCCGAACAACAAUAUCCUGGAAAUCCAGAACAGCAAGCUGUUUUGAUUAGACAAUUGCAAGAACAACAUUAUCAUCAAUAUAUGCAACAAUUACAUCAAAAUCAAUUAGUCAUAGAAGAUCAAAAAACAGAAGAAUCAAAUGAGUUAGACGGUACAAAUAAAGAUACUGAAAAGGAACCUAUAGCGGAAAAUGAAUCUGCACUUUUACAAGAUGAUGAUUCGGAUGAGUUACAAGAAGAUUGGCCACCUAUUGCCCCUGCUGAAAUGUGGACGAAAAAAGGUGUGGAGGAAUUUAAAGAAACAAUUAGAAAGGACGGUGGUGACGCUGUUAUAAAGGUUGGUCAUGGAGAAACUGUUACUGUAAGAGUGCCAACACAUGAAGAUGGUUCAUGUUUAUUUUGGGAAUUUGCUACCGAUGGCUAUGAUAUUGGAUUUGGAGUUUACUUUGAAUGGUCUAAGUCGGAUACGGAUCAAGUAUCUGUUCACAUUAGCGAAUCAGAAGAUGACGAAGAUGAAGAAGAAGAAUAUGAAACCCAAGAUGAUUUAGAAAGUGGAGGAAUAAAUGGAAAUAAUAGAGUUGAAUAUAAACAUACCACACCACCUAUAAGCGUAAUAGUACCUAUAUACAGGAGAGAUUCUCAGGAAGAAGUAUAUGCUGGAAGUCAUCAAUAUCCUGGACAGGUAAAUGGAGUAUAUCUUUUAAAAUUUGACAAUUCAUAUUCACUAUGGCGAAGUAAAACACUCUAUUAUCGAGUAUACUACACAAGACCAGGAUUUACGAAGGAUUAGUUGUAAUUGUUAAAUUAAGGAUUUAUUGAGUGUAUAUUUGUUGUGCACUGGCUCGUCAUAAUCGCCUGCUGAUAUUGCUAGUCCAACUAAAUAAAGUGUCCUAUAUCCUGUCUUUUCUCACAUAAGACAAGGUGUUCACUGUGCAAAAAACAUAUAUAUAUAUAUAUAUAUAUAUAUAUAUAUAUAUAUAUAU